GGUAAUUGUAAACAUGUGAUAUCUUGCUGAUGACAAGUUUUUAGAGUUUAAUAUUUACAUAAUUAUUUUUUAUUAUUAUUAUUAUUUCGAGUUCAUAGUCAGAUUUAUAAUUUAAUAAGGAACUAUAAUUAUUAAACUAAAAUUAGAAUUUAAAUAAUACAUAAUUUGUUUUUUUUUAUUAUCUUUCCCAAUUUAUAACAACUAAUACCUACUGAAAAUAAAUGUCAGACAUGUUGUACAGCUCACUGUAGAAAAGCAGUUGAAAAAAUUAAGUUAAGGUUUAGAAUACGUCGACCAACUUAAAUGUGAUCAAACUUAUGAUAACCUUGAAGAAUUAUUUAAUCAAGUGACUUGGACUGUUGGACUGAAAGCUUAGAAUCAAUUAUAAAUUAAAUAUCAUCACAAAUUCAGAUUAACAUGGAUGUGUCAAACAAUAUCAAACGAAUAAAAAAUGGAGAGGUAUCAGCAAUUUACAAAAUAUUUCAAAAAAUAUAUUUGAAAGCACCUCCUGUUUUAAAGGAUCUAUCCAACAGGUCUGUAGCUAAUAAUUAUACAGAAUUCGUACAAGAACAAAUAGAUUUUAAGAAAAUUGAUAAAAAAUUUAAAAAUGGAGAAUAUAGUUCCAUUACUGAUGCAAUGAAAGAUAUAAGGACAGUAUUUUUAAAUUGUUAUUCAUUUUAUGGUACUAAAAGUAUUCAAACUAAAACAUCAUUAAAAAUUGAAGAAUUAUUGGAAAAAAAUAUUAGUUAUCUUGACAAAAAUUAUAAAUCACUGGCCAAUGUUAAACUUACUUUCAAUUUACUAAACAUAGAAGUAAAUUUUAAUUCUAAGUUUAUAUAUCCAAAAGGUUGUUAUGAUUCAGUAUUAUUAAGAAAUGCUGCACAUUUUCGCCCUGAACGAUUAAAACAGUAUAAAAAAUUGUCUACCACACUCGCCACUAACAAUAGAACACAAUAUAUUUUUAAAAAUAGUAUAUUAUCUUGGGAAAAUGAAGUUCAUUUUAAUGAUAUAUUUCAUCGAUAUAUCAGUUCAAUGUGGGAACUACCGGAAAUAGGCAAUUUUGUUGCUAUUUUAUUUAAAAAACUUAAUCUUGAUAUUAUUAACCAAGGAGAAAUUGAAAGAAUGUUUUUAAUACCUAAAGAAUCUACAACUAUGGGUAAAAUCAUGACAACUCUUUUAAUGCCAGUCAAAAAAAAAAAGUUUGUUGGUCAAGUAAUGCCAUAUAAGGUUUGGUCUGAAAAACUUUCAAGAACAGUAUCAGACUGGUGUAAAGUAUACCAAGCAAAAAAUAAAAAUAAAGUCAUCGUAAUGAAUUCACUUGGGAUCCAUCCAGAUUUCUGGGCUAUUGUGAAUGAAAAAAAUCCUUUGGUUGAAAAAGACUAUAGUGAACUCUCAUAUUUUGUGAAAGUUUGGCUUGUAAAAGGACUUUGUGAUUAUGUUACUAUUAAAUUUAAAAGUAUAAAUGAUAUUAUUACAAAUUGUAAUGAAAGACAAUGCACUAUAUGGAAAAAUGAUAUAGAAACCGAAGAAUAUUUCUUUUUUGAUUCAAUGCCAGAUUUAAGGAUAUAUUAUUAUAACAAUCCAUGUGAUGAACCAAGUCUUGAAUUUCUGAAAUCCGUAAAAACUGAUAAAGAAGUAGUUAAAGCUGAAGAUAAUCUACCUAUGAAUGGUUUUUCUAAGAGUUAUUGUACAAUUCAAAAAGAAAAAUGUUUUAAGCUAAUUGCUGAUUCGGUAGAAAGUCUCCAGGCCUUUCUUAAUAAAUUGAAAAUGAAAAGAAGAUCUGUUCCUGAAAAAUUGAUAUGCGCUCUAGAGAAUUUUAUUACACAAAUUAAAUCAAAACAGCAUAAUUUAACUGUCUUGAACAAUGAUUCUAAAAUAAAAAUACUCAAGGACUAUAAAUCAUAUCCAGAUAGAAUUCAAAAGGAUAAAGAUAAUAUUUUACUUUGGCAAGAAAAAGAUUCAAAGUCAAGAGCUCAAGGUCGGAGUAAAGAAAUCAUUUUACAAAAACGCACAAGGCAAUUAGUAAGAAAAAAUUAUAAAACUGAUAAUGUUAAGUAUUAUGACUCUGAAGAAUAUAUAAGUGAAAAUGAUCUUCAAUCCAUUUCUGAUUUUACGGAUUCAGAAGACGAAUGGGGUGCUAAAAACCUGCUUAAAAAUAAAGUCGAAGAGUCACUGCAAACACCUAAACUUACUGAAUUAGAAAAGCUAUUGAAAGUAGAAGAUAACGUGCCAAAAUGCAGUAAAAUUAAAGUGGUUGAUACUAAUAAGAAAGAUAAAUCUAUCAAAUCAGUUGAAUUACUAAAAACUAAAAAUAAAAGAAAAUUUAAUAAUAAUACUAAUUCAAUUGUUAAUCAUAAUCAUAAUAAAAGAUUGAUUAAUUCCAAAAACAUGGAUACUUUUCAGAGUAAUGAAAAAUUUGUAGUGGUUGUUAGUGAUGAAGAAGAAAACAAAAAACCGCCUGUACGCUUAAUAGAAAUUAACACCUUAGAUGAAGAUAUGCAGAACGAUUGUGAAAUUAUUAAUGAUGAUUUAGAAACAUCUAUUUCUACCUGUACUGAAAAUAAAAAUAGUAAAACCAAUGAACAAGAUAAAUAUGAACAAAUAAAAUCCGCUGUUAUUUCAACAACUGUAACACACAAGAAUUCAUCUUCAAAAAUUAAAAAUCAUUGUAAUUUGAAAACUAAUUUAAAUAAAUCAGACAACUCACAAAACAGGCAAAUAACACCUACUAAUAAUUUUAAAUUCCAAGCAGUAUCAUCUAUAACACAAAAACUUUCACAUGAGGUUUCUAUUAUACCAGUAAAUGUCCAUAUACCAAAAGAUAUUGAAGUCACUAUAAUUAAAACACCACAGAAAAAAAUAAACACCCAUUUUAAUUCAGCCAAAGGAAUGUCAGCCCUGUCAAAUAGUCAUCUACCAAAUAACUCUUCAAUAAUGGAUGUGAAAUGUAAAGUUAUUCCAAAGUCAGAUUUAAAUGGCGAAGUUGAGUUUUAUUUUAAACUACCCAAUGGGAUGGAUCAUCCUGCCCCUAAUGACCUUAUCAAUCAAUACCUUAAAGAGCACAAUAACCAAUUGCCUGACUAUUGGUUGCUACCUUUACCAGUAGAAAUUGCUAAUAAAUAUGGUAUAUAUUAACUAAAAGAAAAAUUUUCUUUAUUUAACAUACAUUUUUUCUAUACAUUUAUUAGGAUAUUUAGCUGUAAAAUUAAAAAUGUUCAAAGUAUUUUUUAUUUUUUUUUAAUUGUACCAAUCUUAUUUUGACAUUGUUAAUUUAUUGUUUAUAAUAUAAGUUGAAUAA